GCAAAGGAAUCUCAGUGGCUGAGUUUUAUGACGGGCCCGGUGCUGAAGGGCAGGGAACAACCGAUGGUGCUACUCUGAACUGCUUUUCUUUUCUCCUUUCUGCACAAAGAGUCUCAUGUCUGAUAUUUAGACAUGGUGAGCUUUGUGCAAAAGGGGACCUGGCUACUUCUUGCUCUGCUUCACCCCACUCUUAUUUUGGCGCAACAGACCCCGGAAGUUGAUGAAGGAGGAUGUACCUAUCUUGGUCAGUCCUAUGCCGCUAGAGAUGUCUGGAAGCCAGAACCAUGCCAAAUAUGCGUCUGUGACUCAGGAUCUGUUCUCUGUGAUGACAUAAUCUGUGAUGAAGAGAACUUAGACUGUCCCAACCCAGAAAUCCCCUUCGGAGAAUGUUGUGCAGCAUGCCCGCAGCCCUCAACACCUGCUCCUGUCCCUAACGGUAGAGGACCACAAGGCCCCAAAGGAGAUCCUGGCCCUCCUGGUAUUCCUGGGAGAAAUGGUGACCCUGGUAUCCCCGGACAACCAGGUUCUCCUGGUCCUCCUGGUGCCCCUGGAAUCUGUCAAUCAUGUCCUACUGGCGGUCAGAACUAUUCUCCACAGUAUGAUUCAUACGAUGUCAAGGCUGGAGGACCAGGAGGAGUCGCGGGCUAUCCUGGGCCAGCUGGUCCCCCAGGUCCUCCCGGUCCCCCUGGCUCCUCUGGUCAUCCUGGUGCACCUGGUUCUCCAGGAUACCAAGGUCCCCCUGGUGAACCUGGACAAGCUGGUCCUACAGGCCCUCCAGGACCUCCUGGUGCUAUAGGUCCAUCUGGCCCCGCUGGAAAAGAUGGAGAAUCAGGAAGACCAGGGAGACCUGGAGAACGAGGCUUACCUGGCCCUCCGGGUAUCAAAGGCCCAGCUGGCAUGCCUGGAUUCCCUGGUAUGAAAGGACACAGGGGCUUCGAUGGGCGCAAUGGAGAAAAGGGUGAAACAGGUGCUCCUGGAUUAAAGGGUGAAAAUGGUCUUCCUGGUGAAAACGGAGCCCCUGGACCCAUGGGUCCAAGAGGGUCUCCUGGUGAGAGGGGACGGCCAGGACUUCCUGGGGCCGCGGGGGCUCGAGGUAACGAUGGUGCUCGAGGCAGUGACGGUCAGCCAGGCCCCCCUGGCCCCCCUGGAACUGCAGGCUUCCCUGGAUCACCUGGUGCUAAGGGUGAAGUUGGACCUGCAGGGUCCCCUGGUUCAAGUGGAGCCCCAGGAGCCAGAGGAGAACCUGGACCUCAGGGACAUGCUGGUGCUCAGGGUCCUCCUGGCCCCCCUGGGAGUAAUGGCAGUCCCGGUGGCAAAGGAGAAAUGGGUCCCGCUGGUAUUCCUGGAGCUCCGGGUCUGAUGGGAGCCCGGGGUCCUGCAGGACCACCCGGUACCAAUGGUGCUCCCGGCCAGAGAGGUAGUCCUGGCGAACCUGGUAAGAACGGUGCCAAAGGAGAGCCAGGAGCACGUGGUGAACGUGGUGAAGCUGGCUCCCCAGGUAUUCCAGGUCCCAAGGGUGAAGACGGCAAAGAUGGAUCCCCCGGAGAACCGGGAGCAAACGGACUGCCAGGUGCUGCAGGAGAAAGGGGUGCCCCUGGAUUCCGAGGACCUGCUGGACCCCCUGGUCUUGCAGGAGAAAAGGGCCCCUCUGGGGAGCGUGGUGGGCCAGGACCUGCAGGAGCCAGAGGAGUGGCUGGAGAACCUGGCCGAGAUGGCGCUCCUGGAACUCCAGGAAUGAGGGGUGCUCCUGGAAGCCCAGGAGGACCAGGCAAUGAUGGGAAACCAGGGCCUCCCGGAAGUCAAGGAGAAAGUGGUCGCCCCGGUCCUCCUGGGCCAUCUGGUCCCCGAGGUCAGCCUGGUGUCAUGGGUUUCCCUGGUCCUAAAGGAAAUGAUGGUGCUCCUGGCAAGAAUGGAGAACGGGGUGGCCCUGGAGGGCCUGGACUUCCGGGUCCCCCUGGAAAGAAUGGUGAAACCGGACCUCAGGGCCCCCCAGGCCCUACUGGGCCAUCUGGUGACAAGGGAGACUCAGGACCCCCUGGUCCCCAAGGAUUACAAGGCUUGCCUGGUACUGCUGGUCCUCCAGGAGAAAAUGGAAAACCUGGUGAAGCAGGUCCCAAGGGUGAUGUUGGUGCACCAGGAACUCCCGGAGGCAAGGGUGAUGCUGGUGCCCCCGGUGAACGUGGACCUCCUGGAUUGGCGGGGACCCCAGGUCUUAGAGGAGGAGCUGGUCCCCCUGGUCCUGAAGGAGGAAAGGGCCCCGCUGGUCCCCCUGGACCACCCGGCACUUCUGGUAGUCCUGGUCUGCAAGGCAUGCCUGGAGAAAGAGGAGGCCCUGGAAGUCCUGGUCCAAAAGGUGAAAAGGGUGAACCUGGUGGAGCGGGUGCUGAUGGUGCUCCUGGGAAAGAUGGUCCAAGGGGCCCUACUGGUCCUAUUGGUCCUCCUGGCCCAGCUGGUCAACCUGGAGAUAAGGGUGAAAGUGGUGCCCCUGGACUUCCAGGUAUAGCUGGACCUCGUGGUGGCCCUGGUGAAAGAGGUGAACAUGGCCCCCCUGGACCUGCUGGUUUCCCUGGCGCUCCUGGACAGAACGGCGAGCCGGGUGCUAAGGGAGAAAGAGGAGCGCCUGGAGAGAAGGGAGAAGGCGGAGCCCCUGGCAUUGCAGGACCUCCUGGCGGCUCAGGGCCUGCUGGUCCUCCUGGUCCCCAAGGUGUCAAGGGUGAACGUGGCAGUCCUGGUGGUCCUGGUGCUGCUGGCUUUCCUGGUGCGCGUGGUCUUCCUGGUCCUCCUGGCAAUAACGGGAACCCAGGCCCUCCCGGUGCCAGCGGCGCUCCAGGCAAGGAUGGACCCCCAGGUCCUGCAGGUAACACCGGUUCUCCUGGAAGUCCCGGAGUGUCUGGACCAAAAGGUGAUGCUGGUCAGCCAGGAGAGAAGGGGCCACCCGGCGCCCAAGGUCCUCCGGGAGCCCCCGGCCCACUUGGACUGGCAGGGAUCACCGGAGCACGGGGUCUUGCAGGACCACCAGGCAUGCCAGGCGCUCGGGGAAGCCCUGGUCCUCAGGGUAUCAAGGGUGAAAAUGGGAAGCCAGGACCCAGUGGCCACAAUGGUGAACGUGGACCUCCAGGCCCCCAGGGUCUUCCUGGUCUGGCUGGUGCUGCUGGUGAACCUGGAAGAGACGGUAACCCUGGAUCAGAUGGUCAACCAGGCCGAGAUGGAUCUCCUGGUAGCAAGGGUGAUCGUGGUGAAAAUGGCUCUCCUGGGGCCCCUGGUGCUCCUGGUCAUCCAGGCCCUGCUGGUCCUGUGGGUCCAGCUGGAAAGAGUGGGGACAGAGGAGAAACGGGCCCUGCUGGUCCUGCUGGUGCUCCUGGUCCUGCUGGUGCCCGAGGUGCUCCCGGUCCUCAAGGCCCACGUGGUGACAAAGGUGAAACUGGUGAACGUGGUUCUACUGGCAUCAAAGGACAUCGAGGAUUCCCUGGCAACCCAGGCCCCCCUGGCUCUCCAGGUCCUGCUGGUCACCAGGGAGCUGUUGGUAGUCCGGGACCUGCAGGCCCCCGAGGACCUGCUGGACCCAAUGGACCACCUGGCAAAGAUGGAACAAGUGGACAUCCUGGUCCCAUCGGGCCACCAGGGCCUCGAGGCAACAGAGGUGAACGAGGAUCUGAGGGUUCCCCAGGCCACCCAGGCCAACCAGGUCCUCCUGGACCCCCUGGUGCCCCUGGGCCUUGCUGCGGUGGAGGUGCCGCCAUUGCUGGUAUUGGAGGCGCUGAAAAAUCUGGUUUUGCACCAUAUUAUGGAGACGAACCAAUGGAUUUUAAAAUCAACACUGAAGAGAUUAUGUCUUCACUCAAAUCUGUUAAUGGACAAAUAGAAAGCCUCAUUAGUCCUGAUGGUUCCCGCAAAAACCCUGCAAGAAACUGCAGAGACCUGAAAUUCUGCCAUCCUGAACUCAAGAGUGGAGAAUAUUGGGUUGAUCCUAACCAAGGCUGUAAGAUGGAUGCUAUCAAAGUAUUCUGUAAUAUGGAGACCGGGGAAACAUGCCUAAGCGCCAAUCCUUCUGCCGUUCCACUUAAAAACUGGUGGACAGAUUCUGGUGCUGAAAAGAAAUAUGUUUGGUUUGGAGAGACCAUGGAUGGCGGUUUUCAGUUUAGCUACGGCAACCUGGAACUUCCUGAAGAUGUGCUCGAAGUACAGUUGGCAUACCUCCGACUGCUGUCCAGCCGGGCCUCCCAGAACAUCACGUACCAUUGCAAGAACAGCAUCGCAUACAUGGACCAGGCCACUGGGAAUGUGAAGAAAGCCCUGAAGCUGAUGGGAUCAAACGAUGGCGAAUUCAAGGCUGAAGGAAACAGCAAAUUCACAUACACAGUUCUAGAAGAUGGUUGCACUAAACACACUGGGGAAUGGAGCAAAACAGUCUUCCAAUACCAGACACGCAAGGCCAUGAGACUACCAAUUAUAGAUAUUGCACCCUAUGAUAUUGGUGGUCCUGAUCAAGAAUUUGGUGUGGACGUUGGCCCUGUUUGCUUUUUAUAAGCCAAACUCUGUCUGAAAUCCCCUGCAAAAAUUUCACAUUCCGUAUGUGUUCCUCUUGUUCUAACCUUGUCAACCAGUACAGGUGACCAACUAAAUUCCAGUUAUUUAUUUCCAAAAUUUUUGGAAAAAAAGUAUAAUUUGACAAAAACAAGAAAGUAUGUGUGUUUUUCUUCUGUUCCACCCAAUACUGUGCAAAUGCUUUUUGUUUUAUUUUUUUACCAAUUCCAAUUUCAAAAUGUCUCAAUGGUGCUAUAAUAAAUAAACUUCCACACUCUUACAAUCA